AUGGAGUCCUCUGCAGCUCUCGGAUCUCUCCAUCAGACUUUAGGGUCCGCCAUUAACUCAGAGAGUAAGGUUCACUCGCUUUCUGGAAACUGGUUUGCCACUGGUAAUUCUUGUGUGCAACGUUGGAGGUUCAAGAAGAGCAACGAGUACACGCUUGUGUUACGUGCAAAGGCCUCUAAAUCAUCUACAACAACCAAAAGUGAUGAUUCAUCUGUGUCAAAUCGGAAGAAUACAGUUCGACGGACAACUUUCCCUAAAGAAGUGGAGGCACUGGUUCAUGAGAUGUGUGAUGAGACUGAGGUUGCUGUCCUGAAACUUAAGGUUGGAGAUUUCGAGAUGAACCUAAAGCGGAAGAUUGGAGAGGACAUAAACCCCAUUCCCGUGGCGGAUAUUUCUCCAACCGUGGCGCCUCCAAUUCCUUCUGAACCUAUGAACAAAUCAGCUUCUGCAGCUCCUAGCCCAUCUCAAGCAAAACCUGCCUGUGCAAAAGUGUCUCCAUUUAUGAAUGAUUCAUAUGGGAAAUCAUCAAAGUUGGCUGCUUUGGAGAAAUCUGGAUCUUCCAAUUACGUUCUUGUCACGUCUCCUUCAGUGGGCAAGUUUCAGAGAAGCAGAACUGUAAAAGGAAAGAAACAAGCUCCUACCUGUAAAGAGGGUGAUGAAAUAAAGGAAGGCCAAGUUAUUGGAUACUUGCAUCAGCUAGGAACAGAACUUCCAGUGACGUCGGAUGUAGCUGGGGAAGUCCUCAAGCUUCUUUCAGAUGACGGAGACUCCGUAGGUUAUGGGGAGCCACUCGUUGCGGUCUUGCCAUCGUUCCAUGAUAUCAACAUCAAGUGA